AUGAAACCUGGCUUCAAGGAUGAGCCCAUAGAAUGCGCGUUGAUCACUGUGGCCAACCUGGCUGAGUCGCCCCCGUAUCAUGCACUCUCCUAUGUUUGGGGUGAGUCCGACGAGGCAGCCUCUAUAAUCUGCAACGGCGCGGAAAUGGCUAUUACCAAAAGAUUGGCCGAUACUCUCAUACAUCUGCGACGUACCCCAGGAUGGCGCUCUGUCAUACCCUGGUCUAAAGAUCACCCACUGCAUUCUAGCAAGAACGCAUGGAAGGGUUUCGCACGAAGCCGACACGAGCAAUAUCAAGAAAGUGAAUGGGAGAAAGAGAGCUUGUUGUGGAUCGAUGCUCUCUGUAUGGAUCAGACCAACCACAAGGAGAGGGUAAGCCAGGUCAAGAUGAUGGGUAAAAUUUAUAGUUGUGCCGCGGCUGUCACCAUAUGGCUCGGUGUAGAAGACAAGCAGUUACCAGAUUCCAUCUCAAAAUUCGAUGCAGGGUCUGGUGUUCACAUCAGCACGUAUGGACGAAUACCAGUUUUGCUCUCGUUCAUCGCGCAAGCGCUGCGGAACGUGAAAAGGCCACAGAACAGAUUGGCCUCCAUCACACCCGCUGAAAACUCACUCCAGCGCAACGGAGCGUACGGAUUUCCCAAGCCCAACGCGCCGGAUUGGGAAAUUGUACGUGGCUUCUUCACGAACCCCUGGUUUGAAAGAGUGUGGGCGGUGCAGGAGGCAGUCCUCGCGAGCAGAGCAAUGGUGUUGAUAGGCAACUGA